UAAGUUAUGGAGAUGAAGAACCUUCUCAAAGUUUUGUUUUUCUUGUUCGUUUACUUGACGUGUUCAAUGGCUAUGGUACCAUAUCGUGGUUGUGACGUUAUUGGAGUAGAUUUGGGAGAUGGAUCGGGCAAGUACGAGAAGAGAGUGUCCAAAGAGGGUUUUUUGUCGGGUCGUAAGUUAGUUUCUGGUCCGAGUCGUAGUUCUUGUGGUCACUAAUUGUCGGGAAAGUAAGUUUAGUAAUAAUAAGAACUUUAUUAUAUGUUAGUUCUCUUGUUUAUGUCUCUGCCUUUAGAGACCUAUGAAUAUUGUAAUGAGUUUUAACGAUGUGCCUAAUGAAAUGAAUGGCUUGCAAGUUGCAAUAUGAA